ACAAUUUCAUCUCCUCCCUCCUCGGCGAAUCCCCCGCCGCCGGGGAACCUCAGCUUCCCUUCCUCCUCCCCCUCACCUCCUCCGGCCGCGACCCCUUCCCCCGCACCUCCCCCUCCUCCCUCGAUUCAGAUCCCUCUUCCUCCCUCAUCGAAUUCGAUUCCGAUUCCGAUUCAGAUUCCGAAAACCUAGCCCCUUCCUUCCCAGCCCUAGAAUCUGCCGUCAACCAAUCCAUCUCUGCACUCGGCGGUUCCGUCUUCCCAAAGCUCAACUGGAGCUCCCCUAAAGACGCCGCUUGGAUAGCCGCCGAUGGAUCUCUCCGCUGCACCUCCUUCGCUGAAAUCGCUCUUCUACUCCACUCAUCGGACCGCGCCGUACACGAUCUCUGCCACGCAGCUUCCUCCUGCUCCGAUCACCUCCCGUCUUCCUCCUCCCCCUCUUUCUCCUUCUUCCUCGCCCUCCGCAAAUUCUACCCCGCACUUCGCCCCGAAUUGGAGUUCCGCUGCUUCGUUCGUCGCCGUCACCUCAUCGGAAUCUCCCAGAGGGAGGUCACGGCGUUCUAUCCUUCGCUUCUCGAUCGGCGGCGAGAGUUGAGGCGCUUGGUUGAGGAUUUCUUUGAUGAGGUUGUCGGGAAUAGGUUUGGGCUUGAAGAUUAUUGCUUUGAUGUGUAUGUUACAGUAGAUGGGAGGGUUAAGGUUCUGGAUUUUAAUCCAUGGGGGGCGUUUACUUUGCCAUUGUUGUUCACUUGG